AUGAAUCGCAUCAAGGUCGAUGGAAAGACAGGCAACUUGGGCGACAAGAUCAGUAUCUCCCGGGAGAAGGCGAAGGUCCAUGUGACAGCGCAGGCUCCUUUCUCCAAGCGCUACUUGAAGUACUUGGGCAAGAAGUAUUUGAAGUCGCAGAACCUUCGGGAUUUCCUGCGGAUCGUGGCGCCCAACAAGAACUCCUACGAGAUGCGGUAUUUCAACAUCAAUGAUGCUGACGAAGAGAAUACUGACUCAGAUUGA